ACUCGUCCUAUUUUGGCUGACAGUGCAGACAGGGAGCUGUCUGCCUUGGGAACUCUGAGAGACCUCUCUAGGGGACAGUUGCAUCUCCACUUCCAAGAUGGGUGACCAGGCUAUGAGCUUUCUCAAGGACUUUCUAGCUGGGGGCAUUGCUGCAGCUAUUUCCAAAACUGCUGUGGCUCCCAUUGAAAGAGUUAAAUUGCUCCUGCAGGUCCAACAUGCCAGCAAACAGAUAACCGCAGAGAUGCAAUACAAGGGAAUCAUGGACUGUGUGGUCAGAAUUCCCAAGGAGCAAGGCUUUAUUUCCUUCUGGAGAGGCAAUCUAGCCAACGUCAUCCGUUACUUCCCAACACAAGCGCUCAACUUUGCAUUCAAGGACAAGUACAAGCAGAUCUUUCUGGGUGGAGUAGAUAGGCAUAAGCAGUUCUGGAGGUUUUUUCUUGGUAACCUGGCAUCUGGUGGAGCUGCUGGUGCUACUUCACUCUGCUUUGUGUACCCUCUGGACUUUGCUAGAACCCGUCUGGCAGCUGACGUGGGUAAAGGUUCAGCCCAAAGAGAGUUUUCUGGCCUUGGAAACUGCUUAACCAAGAUCUGGAAGUCAGAUGGUGCUAAAGGUCUAUACCAGGGCUUCAACGUGUCUGUCCAGGGCAUUAUCAUUUAUAGAGCAGCCUAUUUUGGUGUCUAUGAUACUGCUAAGGGUAUGAUGCCAGAUCCCAAGAAUGUGCACAUUGUGGUGAGCUGGAUGAUCGCUCAGUCUGUCACUGCCGUAGCCGGUCUAGCCUCCUAUCCAUUUGACACUGUAAGACGUCGUAUGAUGAUGCAGUCUGGCAGGAGAGGAGCUGAUAUUAUGUACAAGGGAACAAUCGACUGCUGGAAGAAGAUUUCUAAAGAUGAGGGACCUAAAGCCUUCUUCAAGGGUGCCUGGUCCAAUGUUUUGAGAGGCAUGGGUGGUGCAUUUGUCCUUGUGUUGUAUGAUGAAAUCAAGAAAUAUGCAUAAAUUGAAUAAACUUGAUUAAAGCUUUAGUACACUU